AACGAUAUAUUUAUCUGCCAGACUGGCAGCCGUUUAGAAUCCAACACGAAUAUCUGCUGGCGAUUCCCUCAUAUUAGAAAUUAGAGCAUUGAUAAUGCUAUGGAACGUGUUCAGGGUUCAUCUCCUUUGCUGAUGCUGUUAGUGUAGGUGGUGAACAAAUCUUUUAGUGUGAGAGUACUUGCUGAAAUCAACAGAUCCCACCAGCAUUGCACUGGUUAGCCAAGAUGGUUGCACGGGACUUCACUGUGGACUUAAAUAAACCUCUUGUGUUCCAGGUUGGACAUCUUGGUGAAGCUUAUCAGGAGUGGGUUCACCAGCCAAUUGUCAGCAAGGAAGGCCCUCGGUUUUUUGAAAGUGAUUUCUGGGAGUUUUUGACACUCACAGAGUGGUAUGUAAUUCCCCUCAUUUGGCUCCCAGUUGUUUUCUGGUUCAUCUUGAAAUCCAUUAGAAUGGACCUUACAAUACCUCAAGUGGCAUUGAUGAUGGCAUUUGGCAUCUUCAUUUGGACAUUGCUAGAAUACACUCUGCAUCGUUUCCUUUUUCACAUCAAGACUAAGAGCUACUGGGGAAACACCAUUCAUUAUCUUAUUCAUGGUUGUCAUCAUAAGCAUCCAAUGGAUGGUCUACGCCUUGUCUUCCCACCUGCUGCAACUGCUAUUCUCUUGGUGCCAGUCUGGAACUUGAUAAAAUUUAUAGCUGCUCCUCCUACUGCUCCUGCUAUAUUUGGAGGUGGUCUACUGGGUUAUGUGAUGUACGAUGUAACCCAUUACUACUUGCACCACGGGCAGCCAACCAGUGAAGUACCCAAAAGACUCAAGAAAUAUCAUUUGAAUCAUCAUUUCCGCAUCCAGGAUAAAGGCUUUGGUAUCACUUCCUCACUCUGGGACAAGGCCUUUGGAACACUACCUCCAUUGAAAUUGGCUAAGAAGAAUAGAUAAUUGCAAUAUGUAGAUGAUGUCAAAGGCCUCUUGGAAGCUCUCAAUAUUCAACAUUCUUGCUUCAGCUCUCGCGUGUACCGUUGUGUCUUCUGAGAAAGUUUAGGCUGUUUGUUGCUUUUGAUUUCUUUCUUCUAGGAUUUUGUUAAAAGAAACAAACUGACGAUCAUGCAUCAAUUAAUUCAUACAUCGUUGCAUAAUUUAAUUUAAUUUUUUUUGCUCUGAUUAUUUUCACUGGACUGCUUUGUAAGAUACUUGUUUAGGCUCUGCUAUGGUAUAUAUGGCCUAUUGUUCCAACA